CUUGUCAUGCAACAAGAAUAGCAAAGAUGUUCGUGUUGUUUUACGGUAUCGUUGCGAUCGCUCUUUCGUUCUUAAUGUUACACAUUCCUGGCUCAAUAUCAGCUAUCUUCAUCGGAUUUAUAAGUUGUAUGGACGGACCUGUCUGUGCUCUUUUUAUUGCAUCUUUGAUGUGUCGUAGAAUAACAACAACAGAAAUUUCCAUUGGACUUGUAUGCGGAUGUGGACUGGUAUGUUGGCUAAUUAUCGGAAGUAAUUUUUCUGACGUUCCGCCGUAUCCAUACCUUGCGCAUGGUCCAAUUGACAAGUGUACUUCAUAUCUCAACUCAACAAAUGUUAUGACAGAAGACACACUAAAAUUUUAUAAUGCCAGCACGACAUCAAUGUAUUUGACCGGUAUUCCGUUUUCAAUGACAUUUACUUCAUCGCCUGCUCCUAAUGAAACUGUUAGUUCUUCAUCCCUUCUCCAUACAAUAUACAGUAUAUCGUAUACACUGUAUUCUUUAAUUGGUUUCUGUACGACGAUCUGUGUAGGUUUAGCUGUUAGCUUCUGUACUAAACGGCAAGACACGAUUGAUGACAGAUGCUUGUUUUCGUUCAGAAAACACGUGCUAAAUGAUUUAUUCGUGUGUAAUCAGUUAAAUUCUGAAAAUCAUAAGAAAAAUAAAGAUGUCCUAGAAGAUGUGAGGUUUCUUUCAAAAGAAACUGAGUUUUUAUUAUAAGUAAACCAUCGCUUCAUCUCCGUCGAAAAAAGCUAUCACUUCAAUAUGCAACUAGAAUUUCAUCUAAUAGCAAAAAAUCCAGCUAAAAAUAUUAUUUUCAAACAAAGUUAUACUGAAAAAUUUGUUAACAAACCAAAAGAAAUUAAACCAUUAGACUUUCGUUUAAAAGAUGAUUUAGAUAAACUUAAAUAAUAAAGUUUUUGAAUUGCAAACAUUUUAAUGCACAAUAGUGUUUCAUUAAAAGCAUGAUUGUCUGAUCCUUGAUCUGUC